AUGCUGCGCUUACUCCCCAUCUCCACCUUGCUUCUUGUGGCGCAAACCUUAGCGCUACCUUCUGCGCACAGCGAAUCUAAACCCUUACCGCUGCUUAUCUGGCACGGCCUGGGCGACAACUAUGCUGCAGAUGGCCUGCAAAGCGUCGGUGAACUUGUAAACGAGACAGUUCCAGGCACUUAUGUUUAUUACAUCCGACUUGACGAAGAUCCUGGAAGCGACCGGACUGCGACGUUUUUGGGCAAUUUGACUGAGCAGAUUGCUCAAGUUUGCGACGACAUCCUGGAACAUGAGGUCUUGUCGCAAGCGCCGGGCCUCAAUGCGAUGGGCUUCUCACAAGGCGGACAGUUUCUUCGGGGCCUAGUGGAAAGAUGCGGAGAUCGCAUCAACAUCAAGAAUCUGGUGACCUUUGGAAGCCAGCACAACGGCAUUGCAAAGUACCAGAUUUGCAAAGAUGGAGAUUGGCUAUGCAAAGGGUAUAUUGGAUUACUCAAGGCAAACACCUGGGGUUCUUGGGUUCAAGGACACCUUGUCCCAGCACAGUACUUCAAAGCCACCAAUGAAACCACCGGCGAGCCGACCGACGAAUACCUCGAGGCGUCGAAUUUCCUUGCAGACAUCAACAACGAGCGAGCGCUGAAGAACCCGGCAUAUGCAAAGAAUCUCGCGGCACUGGACAACUUCGUCAUGUACGUGUUCGAGGACGACACAACAGUCAUACCCAAGGAGAGCGGCUGGUUUGCGUACACAAACCUUACCAGCAACGAGGUAACAGAGCUGAGGGAUCGCGACAUAUACAAAGAGGACUGGAUUGGAUUGAAGAAGUUGGAUCAAAAGGGUGGUCUGCAUUUCAAGACCACCAAAGGUGGACAUAUGAACUUGGGCGACAAGGUUCUGAAGGAUGUCUUCAAGACUUAUUUCUCUCCGCAAGGCACGAAACAGGCUGGUUUGACUGAAGAUGUACAGGAUGUUAUGGAGUUGUAG